CGCCAAGCACUUUCACAGCCGCCACCACCAUGGCAGGCCCAAAUCUCGAAAUAUUCAAGUUUUCCGUCUAUCUCUUCGUGCCAAUAUGGGCUCUCGUUCACUUUGGAGACCCGGCUUGGUAUAGAAAUAAUGUUCUUCCAUACAAGGACAAGCUGUUUCCUCCAACUGUACAGCAGGUGUGGUCCUAUCUCAACUUCAUGAAAAAGAUGCCGAAACCUGUGUCUAGGAAAUCCCUACCGAGCAAAAAGUUUUACGAGAGCAACUAGCCCAAAUCAAGGCUGACCGGAUUGCUGCUGCUCGAGCAAGAAGUAAUAAUGAUUCCUAGUUUGCACGGACCCAUCUGUCGUGAGUCGGCUCCUCCAGCUAUGUCCUUCUCAACCAAUUUCCUAUAAAUCUCUAUGUCAUCAUGGGAAACCUUGAACCCGCCACAGACAACGAACACGACCGUCCUUUCCUGCAUCGAGUUUGCUUGCCCUGAUACAAGUCUGUCGAACAAAGCGGGACUGUAUGCAGGGGUAAGGGUGGUAGCACAAGCCAGCUCUACCAGAAGUUUAUGAUCGC